UGAAACGGCACAGCUGAAACAUCGUUUUGUAAAUAUGAUAACAGAUAUAAGCGAAUUGUUGCAGGUGUUAUCAGUUCAACUGAUAUAUUUAUAGAAUGGAACUUAAAUGUAAAAUACAAACUUAUGACUGGGGAAGACAUGGGAUUGACAGCACUGUUGCAACAUUAGCAAAAUCUGCUAACUCAGACUUCACAUUAGAUGAAAAGAAACCAUAUGCAGAAUUAUGGAUGGGUACACAUCCAAAUGGCCCUUCACAUAUGAAAGAGUUGAAUAUACCUUUAGAUAAAUAUAUAAAAGAAAAUAGCAUAGUUUUAGGCAAUGAUGUUCAGAAAAUAUUUGGCAAACAUCUACCAUUCCUUUUUAAGGUUUUAUCUGUUAACAAAGCAUUAUCAAUUCAAGCACAUCCAAACAAGGAAAAGGCAGAAGAAUUGCACCAACAGUAUCCCACUAUUUACAAAGAUGCAAAUCAUAAGCCUGAGCUUGCGAUAGCUUUAACACCAUUUGAAGCACUUUGUGGUUUCCGUCCAAUUAGAGAGAUAAAAGAGCUUCUGGAAAUUCUUCCAGAGUUGCGCGCUGUAAUAGGAGAAGAUAAAGUACUGAAAUUUAUGACCACAGACGAAGCAAGCAUUAGCAAAGCUUUGAAAAUAUGUUUCCAUAGUCUCAUGACAUGUGAUCCUGGUUUAGUAGCAUUGCAACUUAGAAAGCUACUUGAUAGAUUAUCUAACUUGGAUGAUUCAUUAAGGCAGACCUUACAUGCUAGCUUAUUAGAAAGACUGUACUCAGAUUAUCCAGGAGAUGUUGGAUGUUUUAGCAUUUAUUUUUUUAAUUUUAUAACAAUGCAGCCUGGAGAGGCUAUUUAUCUAGGACCAAAUGAACCGCAUGCAUAUCUCUUUGGUGACUGUAUAGAGUGUAUGGCUUGUUCUGAUAACGUAGUACGCGCGGGAUUGACUCCAAAAUUGAAAGAUGUGCCAACAUUGAUUGAAAUGUUAACAUACAGCUGUGAACCCGUGUCCGCAAAAAGGUUUCAGCCUUAUCGCGAAGAUGAAUGUACAGAAGUAUUUCGUCCUCCUGUAUCAGAAUUUUCUGUUGCUAAAAUUACAAUACCUCCAGGAAGGUCCUCUUACAACAUCAUUCCUAGAAGUACAGCUAGUAUUUUAAUUAUUAUAAACGGAAAAGGUGAAAUUUCAUCGUCGAAAGUUCUUUACCGAGGAUCUGUUAUAUUUAUUCCGGCGAAUGAAAAAAUCGGAAUGAAAGUUUUGUGCGGAUGUCACCCGAUGCUGAUGUUUCAGGCAUUCGUAAAUGUUUAG